CCCCAGUGCCAGCACCAGUGCGCGGCAUCGACGAGUGCGACGACGAGAUCGAGAACGGAACCUUCCACGAGCGCCUGGCGGAGACGUACCGCGAGCACUCGCCCUCGCGUCGACGGAGGGAGCUUGCGCAGAGAAGCCAACCACUGGUGCUGGGGCUAGGGCAGUCGGCAGUCGAGAACAUGACGGCCAUGCGCCUCACUCAAGACGAUGGCAGCAUCUCCCCGUCGCGCCCGCGGCACAUCUCCCUGACCACGUUCCAGGGGGCAGGGCGUCCGUCGCUGGCCGCGGUGCACUUGCCGCAGCCUGACUUGGACUCUCGGAGGACUUCAACCGACACGGAUGAUGGGUACAGAUGUGAUGUCAUCCUGAAGUGCGGCGAGCUCAAGAUGGCUACGAGCACCGAGGCGCCCGACUCGCCGCUGCUGGAAAAGGCCAGCGGCUGGCCGGCAGACUGUCAGAACGACGACGGCGGCGUGAGCGACACUAUGACUGGCCCCCUGAGUGACGGGUCUGCAGAUGAUCUCAAGAAGGAGGGCUACAAAGUCUGUGGGACAGAGGACACCUGGGAC